AUGGAAUAUAAAAGUCGUCUUGAAUGUAAACGACAACAUAUGCAAGAAUUAACAACACGAAAAUCUCGUUUACUUGAACAAAUAUAUGAUUUAGAAUCUUGUAUGGGUAGACGAGAAUCUGAACAAAUGAAAUUCUUCCAAUUCCAAACACCAAUAGAAACUAUGAAACAAGAAAAUAGACCUAUUGAUGAACAAAUUCUUACAUUUACUAAUAAAUCUAAACAAUAUCAAAAUCAAAUGGAACAACUUCGCCUUCAACUCAAUCAACUUGAACAAGAUGCUAAAAAUAAAAAACCAUUAAAGCAAAUUAAAAAAAUAUCUAUUAAUUCUCCAAAUCUAAAAUUUAUUAUUAUUCAUUUUUUAAGCAAAAUUACUACUCCUUCAGCAUUUGCUAAUUAUGAUCAAUUUCAUGCUAAUAUUUCUUCUAAUAUUGAUGUUGAUCCAUUUCAAACAGUCGAUCCAUUUGCUUCUCAAUCUGAUAUAGGUUCAUCAACAACAACAAAUGAUUGGUUUCAAUCAUCGAACAAUGUUCCUACAACAAAUUAUCCAUUUGGUUCAAAAAUUGAAUUUCCAAACACAAAAAAUACAGCACCAAAAGCUAAAUCAUCAUCAGUUGAUCCAUGGAGUGGAACAACAACAACAAUAACUAAUAAAAAUGGAAAUAUUUGGACACCAUUUAAUAAAACAAAUGAUGAAUCACAAAAUGUUUUUAAUGAAAAUUCUUCUUCUGGUACAAUUCGAUAUCAGGCAUUAUAUGAUUAUAAAUCAGAACGUUCUGAUGAUGUGUCAAUGUCAACUGGUGAUAUAAUAACUAUUGGUUGGUUUCCAAGAAAUUAUAUUCGACCAGCUAUUGAAAUUGAAAUACAAAAUAAUAAAAAUUCGACAAAAAAUACAUCGACCAGUGAAAAACCAUUGAAUUUCCCAAUAUAUGCUCAUGAUGUAUCAUCAAAUGAUGGUGGCGUUACUAUUUAUCCAUUUGAAGCAACGGAAUCAACUGAUUUAUCAUUUAAUAUUGAUGGACAGGAAAAAUCGCCAUUUCAAGAAACAGCUAUUGCAAUAACAUCAUUUCAUACAAAUACAGCAGAUCGUUUAUCAUUUGAUCAAGGACAAAAGAUUUAUAUAAGAAAAAAAGAUGAUAAAGUAUAUGUUUUAAAAUUAUUAGAAGAUACAAAUGAUGAAGUACAAAAUCAAGCUGUUAAAUGUCUUAGACCAUUAGUAUGUAAAAUAAAAGAAGAACAAAUUGAAAUUAUAUGUGAUACAUUAUGUUCAUAUUGUACAAAUAUGUCUCAAGAUGCUGAAAAAUUCCGUAAUAUAUCAAGUACUGGUUUAAAAACCAUUAUUGCAUCAUUAGCAUCAACAAAUUCAGAAGCAACAAAUGAUAUAUCAAAAAAACUUAUGCAACGUUUAUUAACAGCUAUUCAACAAGGUAUAACAAUAAUACCAACAAAUAAUAAUAACCGAUGA